GGGCGGCAGCCGACCUGGUUCAUAGAAUUUAUGUUUAAAGAUGAUAUACUCAACGACAGUUAUAAAACCGCAUACCUACAUGAAGCUGAGAUAUCAAGCUACAUUUCUGUAACCUCGUUUUCACCGAAACUUACUCAGAAGACUGAAAAAAGUAAUUGCAAAGGAAGAGGAAAUAUAAAAUCUCGCUGCUGUAACGGGAGGGCCGCGGCAGCGGGAGGUUAUGUUGCCCCCACCAGCACAGCGUCUGGAUUCGGAUUUAAUUUUGUUUCUGAUGUUCUGAUUCUGAUUGGCCGAGCGCCUACCCCCACUACCGGCGUGAAGUAGAGGGGGGAAGCUCUCGACCAAUCGGUAACGUUGAUGUUCUACCCGCUGUUCUUCUCCCUCUGUUCGUCGAAAUACAUUAUUAGACUUGGGGAACGCCACCCCACAGUACGGCAAAUUACGGGAGCUCAGCACCUCCGGGCAGCUCGCCGUUGCCGGCGUACUGAGGAGCAUUGCGGUAAAACAUCCUAACGCUGCGAACCUAGCCGUGGAGCACGAACCGCAGCGCAGCGCAUGAUGGUGAGGCACACGAUAUGGCCCACGUUGGCGUCCUCGACCCUCGCCGUCUCGACCGGGGUGGCCGCCGGCGCGAGAGGGGUCCCGCUCGAGGGUCGGCACCAGGUGCGACCAGGUACGACAACAACAUGCGGCUGACGGACUGGCCAGGGAGCGUGCGUAGCCGGCUCCACGUCCUUGUUUGCCGUGUCCGACACCACGGCCACAAGCGCAGCAGAUGGAUUACGUGCAGCGGCAAGGAUGGCGACAGCUACGAGGAGGGUGAUCGGAGACGGUAGAUUUUGCGUACGGGUGUGGGGGUCGAACGUCCGAACGGUCGAUUGCGGAUAAAGCCUUCCUGACUGCCGGAUCAGAGAUCACCCAGAAAGCACGUCCGUCACUCGCCGUUGUGAACUUACAAAACUCAGUCAUUGCAAGCUCUUCUAACGCCUGACAGGUGGGCAGCUGAGAGGGGUAAAGAAAGGUGUGAAUUUUUUUCUAGAAAAUUCACACGUUUACCCACCGUAAAUGAACGAAUAGAUAUUCACACACCUACAGGUGAGCGACAUUUACACACUUGCGUUUCCAGUGCACUGUAAAACGAAGAGCGAGUUUUCUUGCCCGAAUCGUGCGAUUAACGGCUUCAUCGCUCUGGAAGAGCACUGGUUGCGAAAUGACUCAAGAUGAGUCUUUAUCGUAACCGAAAAUGGCGCAAAAACGACUCUAAACGAGCGAUGUUUGCGAAGAUGGCUUAAAAUGAGCCUUAUUUGUAACCAAAAUUGUCGCGAAAUUGACUCCAAACGAGAGAUGUAAUUAAAAUCGCUUCCCCAGGAGACAUAAAAUUGGAUUCACAAUCUCGCUCUAUUUGGAUGGAAUUUGCUCACUUCUUUACUUGUAGUGAUUGCAUACCCGCUUAGGCUGCAGGGGCAAUGGCGCCUUACGGGCGAAGGGAGUAGGCAAACUUGCAGCACGAUGCAUCCGUGCAACAAUGGCGGGUCUGUGGAGAACGCAGGCGGAUCUGUUUAGGACGUGUAGGAAAGGGCGGAUCUGUUUACGAUGCGAGAACAAGGGCGGAUCUGCUUUUUGUGAAUUUCUGCAUGUCUAUCUUUGGAGGCCUCUUACUCCUUGUGAUCACGUCGGAUCGAUUUAAAUGCGUUAUCGUUUUAUUCCUAUCUCAGUGCAUUUAAAUCGAUCCGACGUGAUUACAAGGAGUAAGAGGCCUCUAAAGAUAGACAUGCAGAAAUUCUCAAAAAAGCAGAUCCGCCUUUAUUCACGCAUCCUAAACAGAUCUGACGUUGUUGCACGAAUGCGUCGAACACUGUGGCGUCCGCUCUGAUACACCCGGUACUGUUCCACAGUCAUUGUCAUCGACGAUGAGGACGACAACAUCGGCGGUGCCGGUCAGCUGGCAGUUCGUGCACCUGCGCCCGUCGCUGUAGAUCCCGCCCACGUCCCUGCUGCACCUGUCGACCCGAACCUGGCUGAGUUCCGCCGCGUUCGCGCUGAGCAGGACGAAGCAUACCACGCUGGCCUCGCCGUAGACCAGGAGCGUGAACGGCUGCGCCAGGAAGCAGAGCGGGAGGACCGCGAGCGCGCCGCUGCCGACGAACGGCUGCGGGAGGCACUCGCUGCUCGGCGAGCUGAAGCCAUCGCGGCCAUGGAGGCACUGGAUGAGGUCGUCGACGGCGACGUCUACGACGUGGCCUUCGUUUCCCCCUCGGGACAGCGGUGGUCCAGGAGAUUCCGCUCUGAAACCCUGCUCCAAACUCUCCGGACCGCCGUCGAGGCCAGGGAGGAGACGCCCUGGGGUUUUCGGCUGCGGUGGGCUGAGAACAACGAGGUAGUGAUGUCAGAGUACGUAAACAUAACUCGAAUGACUUUUUCGCCUUUUUCGUCACUGGCCGCUGCGUCUUGCUGCGUGUAGAGGAGGACGACGAGGCCCCACCCCCUGCAGCAGACCAGCCUGCACUGCCUGACCCACAACCGCCUCAGCCCGAGCCGGAUGGACCGCGGCCCGAGGGCGCAUGCUGCUGCACCUCCAUGUCAUACACUGAGAACGAGUUCUUCAUGAAUUGUCCAAAGUGCUUCAGUCCCAUCUUACUGAAACGGUGGAAUGGAACCGGGAAACCCCGGUUUCCUACAUAUCCUUGCUUUAAUGGUGUGUUGAAAACGGAACGACGGUCUUGCAACGUCAUGCUACUGCUUCGAUGCUCUAGCAGUAGUGGCGACCGUGACAUGCGGGCACCUCUCAAUGUGCGAGCCCUGUUCGGAAACGGUGAAAGCAGGCCCUUAAGCAGGCCGGAAGUGCUGCUACUGCAGGGUGCCAAUUAGGAUCUUCCUGAAAAUUUUUUUGUCCAUGAGCAUCCCGAGGCAGCGCUGCCAGAGGGCGCCUGCCACCACUGCUUCAAUGUUCGAGCAGUAGUGGCGUGUGAACCAUGCGGGCACCUCACAAUGUGCCUGCCCUGUUCGGAGACGGUGAGAGCACGCUGUUUAAGAGACCGGAAAUGCUGCUGCUGCAGGCAGCGAAUCAAGAUCUUCCAGAACAUUAUUUUAACCUAAGUGCUUUCCUCGACGUCAAACUACAACUGUGUUGAUGCAACAAGUCGAGAGGGGCCUGGAAAGUAGUCCGUUGUCAUGGCAUGGGAUACUUAAAACUUGUGUUUUGUCGUCAUGAUUCUCAUUAUUGGCAUUAAGGACUUUCGAAGGAUGUUAAAGAUCAGUUCUACUAGGGGAUGGUGGGGCAAGAGGGCGAGGAGUCUCUUGUCUUCGCCUCCCCUAGCGCUCUAAAAAUGGUCCAUAAAAAUGACACUGUGGCAUCUGAUCAGACAUACAAGAUCACACCAAAGUUGCUGGGGAGGUACCAGGUGAUGAUAUUUGCCCUCCUUGCUUUUGGACAUGCUUUAUCGAACAGAAGUAGUUUCCUGUCCCUAAUUUUAGAGUACUUAGUCCCCGACAAAUGCUGUCAAAGCACAUUGGAGUCCAAAUUUUCUGAAUUCAAAGAAGGACGAAAGACUCCCACUGCUCAACAAAUGUUGGGUGGCAUUAAGACAACAUGCGUCAGAGGAAUAGUCAAACCAACUAGCAGUGGAACAAAUUAUCGUAUCAGAGUCCUGAACACAAAGCCGGUCAGAACGAACGUUCCUGAAGUGGCGUACGAAUUGCAAGAAUUGGCCCCAUAUCUUCCAGGACACCCGCAUGCGCUGAUAAACCAGAGGCGGCAGCGUCAUAGAAGUCACCGUAAGGGAUGGGUUCGGUGGGCCUCGUGUCCGUGGUGGUCGCCACCGCCGUUCCGGCCACUGGGGACGGGGACGGUUGCGCAAGGUGUCAGCUGUUCUUGAUGAUGUGUGGAACCCUGAAAUGGAAUUAGAUGGCAACUUGAAGAGUGUGCUCCAGACUCUUGGACAUGAUCUUGGAACCAAACUCUAGCUUCAUCAUCUUGACCUCACUUGUAGGGCCAAGUCGGCCAACCCCGCCAAGUCUGACAGCCUACUAGCUAUAUGUACGCCAGACCACGUCUCGCGUAACAGGCCUCGCGAUAUCUCACGAAACACUGUUACGCUGCGACGCGCCUGGCGCACAUAUAGCUAGGCCUGCGGCGCUGACACCCCAGACGAGUUAAAUUUUACGAUUUAAUAGACCAUUUUUUCGUUAUCACCUUACUUUCGCCAAGAAAUGCUCCCUAGCACCCAAACGGUGCGAGAUAGAGCAAAACGGACAAAAUUUUCACCCUAAGGAUUCUACUUUCACGAGUUACCCCUUAGAAGCCCAUAAAAAAAUAUUUGAAAAAAAAUAAAUAUUUUGCAACCUGUG